AUGGUUGAAGCUGGUAGAAAUGCCGGGCAAUUUAACAGAGUUGACUUCAGUACUACUUUCAAAGAUCUACUAUGUUAUGAUGAGCGAUUGGCGACAGCUGCUCUAACCAUUGAGCGAGUGCUUGCGACAUAUCGUUUGGGACAUUACGAACGUGAAGGAAAGUAUGUAGGGCCCACCUUAGCUGCCAUGGUGUUGCUGCUAUCCAUACUUUGCAUGAGAUGGGGUCUCGCAGCUACAGACGAUGCCGAAGUGCUGGCACAAUGUGCAGGCAUUCCGAAUUCCGCUACACCCCGAAUGAGUGUGAUAUACUUUAUUAUGCUUAUCGUUGACUUGAUAUCUAUGUUGGUCUUCGCAUAUUGUCUUUAUCACAACAAGAGAAAGCUUAACAGCGGAAUGUACUCUCUUGAUUUACGCUAUGAAAUACAAGGGAACGUGAAAGUGUUGCGCAUACUCUUUCCCAUUGUUAUAUCACACCUAUUUGUAUUCGGCUUGUUCAUAAUAGGGAAUAUCGUGAUACGUAAUUUUCGUGAGAAACUUCACAUAGUAACUUAUGCGAUAUUAUUGAUAGCCGUGUACGUUCCUCCAUAUUUCUUCUUGAUUGUGUCGAGUUGGAUAUAUAUGGUGUUGAAAUGUGAGUUGCGAGCUUUGAAGGAUUUCCAGGACGCUAUCGAACAACGUCCCGAACCAAAAUUGGAAAGUGACGCUUAUUUCAACUCAUUGCGUAACCAAUGGUUUUGA